UAACCGGCAUAAAAAGUUUAGUCUUGAAUAACAUUUUCAAGAUAUCGCCACCCGUGAAAUCUCUACUUCGUACGCAUAUAGUGCAUACAAACCAAGUUCCGCAUGAAACCCCAAAAUUACAGAAUCGGCUUUCAAAAAUAAGGGAUGGCGCUUACAAGUUCGCACUGUCGAACGAUUCAACUCAUCAUAUCCGAUACAAACGUCCAUCUCUAUCAACAACUGAAAUUUGCAUUACCGAAACAAGAUCCCGCCCCGCGUCGUGUCGCCAUAUCUUUAUAUAUAUAUAUAUAUCCUUGCGUUCGUAAAGACAUCAUCAGUGCAAAACUAAUAAUCUAGCACAAUGUCGGACGAAGAAAUGGAAAAAUUCCAAAUCUCAGAUUAUGAUUUGGACAACGAGUUCAACAUACAUCGGCCUCGGCGAAAAAUGAGUAAAAAGCAACAAAUGUUGGGUGUAUGGGCUAGCGAUAGUGACGAAGAAGUUGAAGCACGGCCAACUUUCAACAGAGCACCAAAGAGUCGAGGACCUGUAAAUUUUGUAGCAGGAGGUAUUCAACAAGCUGGACAGCCAAAAGAGAAAAAGGAAGAAGUCGAGGACGAAGAGGAUGAUGAUAAUAUGAGGAUAAUGAAUAGCUCAAGUGAAUCGGAAGAAGAAGCACCCAAAAGUCGAAUUCAAAAUAAGCAACAUCUCAAUUUUAAUUUGGGCAACAACGAUAUUGCUGGAUUGAGAAAAAAAAGAACACCUCUGAAUUCAGAUCUCAUUAAAUCAGGGAUGGGCAGUUGGGAAGUACAUACCAAAGGAAUAGGGGCCAAAUUGCUCCUUCAGAUGGGUUUUGAACCAGGCAAAGGUCUGGGUAAGUCUUUGCAGGGUAUAACUGCUCCUGUGGAAGCUAGAUUGAGAAAAGGAAGAGGAGCCAUUGGAGCGUAUGGUCAUGAAAAAGUACAAAAACUUGCUGACAUUAAGUCAGCAGUUGAGGAAAUAGAAGCAAAGAAAUCGGGAAAACCUAGAACCGCACAGUGGAGAAAAGAUAAGAGCGAUAAGAAGCCAUCAAAUUAUUCUUUUCGCAGUAUAGAUGAAGUACUGGAGGAUGGGCGGUUAAAAUCCAAUAAAAAAGGCCCAACAAUAAACACCGAAAUAGUUAAAUGUAAAGUAACUGAUAUGACUACUCCCGAACAGCGGACAUUUAGCGGUUAUCAUAGUGCAUUAGGGAAACGUCAGUUACUACCAGAUGAAGAGAUAGCUGAACCAGAUAAAAAGUCAAAAGUUAAUUUUGCAUUGCCAGAGUUGCAACAUAAUUUAGACAUGAUAGUUGAUUUAUGUGAGCAAAACAUCAUACAAAAUGAUCGAAGAACAAAGCACCUUAGUGACAGAGUGGUAUCUCUCGAAGCAGAGAAGGUUACAUUGGAAAAGAUAGUUGAUCAACAUGCUCAGUUGAUUGGAACUUUAGAAAAUGUCUUAGCCAUGGUCAAUAAACUAUUAGAUAGAAAUAGUGAAAUGACUUUGAAAGAGACAGCUGAUGCAUUUAAGAUUAUGCAAGAGAGGCAUUACGAAGAAUACAAAGCCUAUGAUUUGGGUGAAUUGGCAUGCAGUUUUAUCGUUCCCAAAUUCAAAGAACACCUUGCAACAUGGAACCCCCUAACACAACCAAAAUUACCACUAGCAUUAUUCAAAGAAUGGAAGGAUAUAUUGGAAUAUGGUCGACUCAAUCAUCAUACAAGGUCGAUGAAUCCAUAUGAUCAACUCGUAUGGAACGCAUGGAUGCCCUCGGUUAGGGGUGCCAUACAGAAUUGGGCUUGCAGACAACCAGAUAAUCUUAUUGAUUUGUUAGAGCUCUGGAUGCCAUUACUUCCAUCAUGGAUCUUAGAUAAUCUAUUAGACAUGAUGAUUCUACCAAAACUUACUCUUGAUGUAGAACAGUGGAAUCCAGUAACAGACACCGUUCCAAUCCAUACUUGGAUUCAUCCAUGGUUACCUUUGAUGAGGCACAGAAUGGACACUCUAAUAUACCCCGUGAUCAGAAGAAAGCUUGGAUCUGCUCUUGGUGCGUGGCAUCCGUCGGAUAAUUCCGCCAGACAGAUGCUGCAGCCAUGGUCUCAAGUUUUUGCGAGAGGCGACAUGGACGCUUUCCUUGUAAAAAAUAUUCUACCAAAGCUGCAGAUCGCGCUUUCUGAAUUGAUAAUAAAUCCUCACCAGCAGCAUCUGGAUCAAUGGGAGUGGGUUUAUGACUGGAAAGAUUUGAUUCCGAUUCACAUAAUGGCCUCGUUAUUGGAUAAAUUCUUCUUCCCCAAGUGGUUGCAAGUUUUGGGUUUGUGGUUGAAUCACUCUCCAAACUAUGAGCAAGUGACUAAUUGGUACACGGGAUGGAAGGGCAUGCUAAGUGAUAAAUUACUUGCUGAACCGAUAAUUAAAGAUCACUUCAGGAAAGCACUGGAAAUGAUGAAUAGAGCAGUCACUGUAUCUCAGGGACUUCAACCUGGUUCGGUAGAACAAGUAUCGUAUUUGAUGACGUUGGAGCGUAGUCAACCACAGAUGCCCCAAAUUUCUCAGCCAAGGAUAGAGAGACUGGCCGAGGCCGUCAGGAUUGCUUCGGAAAUCCCGCAAGGAUUCAAGGAUCUCGUGCAGAAGAAGUGCGAAGAAAGGGGCAUUCUCUUUAUGCCACUCGCAAACAGGUACCGCGAGGGCAAACAAAUCUACAAAGUCGGCAACGUGCAAGCCUACAUCGACAGCAACAUCCUCUUCGUCUGCCAUAACGGAGUCACAUGGAUACCGACGAAUCUUAAUACCAUGUUAGACACCGCCGAAAUGGGCUGAAUCCUAGUUGUCUGAUGUAAAUUUAUUGUAAUAUAAAAUCUAAUCUUAAGGACGCCCGUAUUGCUAUAAUUGUACAUAUAUAAGUAUCGUAUAACGUGGAAUCGCCGAAAAUUUUUGUAAUAAAAUAACUAACGUACGAAAGAA